CCCAGGAGCCCCCGAAUUGUACUCCUCCCCCCUCUUCUCCGUCUGCACGCCAUGAACGCAACCGCGCAGGCCCUUGUCCUUCCCUUCAUCACCCAAGUUACGCGCGCUGUUUCUCUUUCGGAGAACGUGAAGGUGCUGGGUGGGAUCCCCUUUGCGGAAGAUGGAACCUAUCUCGAGUGGUUAAGUAUCUUGGGUUUCACCAUCGGUUGUUACUAUGUGAUCUAUACCUUCUACGCCUUGUGCUUCCAUCCACUGCGCAAGUACCCUGGACCAUGGCAUCUCGCGGUCAGCAACAUCCCCAACCGAUGGUCGACGAUCUCCGGCAAUUCGUCUUAUUGGUUAUACGACCUCCACGAGAAGUACGGCCCCAUUGUGCGCGUGGCUCCCAAUGAAAUCAGCUAUUCCGACCCCCAGGCGUGGCAGGACAUCUAUGGCCCGCAGCCCAACCAACGGCUGGGGAUGCCCAAAGACCCCAAGUUCUUCAGCUCCUUUGAGGACAAGAAGACGGCCGCCUCGAUCAUCACCUCCCAGCCCAAGGACUAUAUGCGCAUGCGCCACAUCUACUCGUACGGGUUCUCGAAGCAGGUGAUGCUCGCCAAGGAGGAGAUGAUCCAGGGGAUCAUUGACCGGGCGAUGGAGGCACUGCGCCAGACCAAGCAGCAACCCCAGGACAUCGUGCAGAUCUUCCGGGCCACCGACUUUAGCAUCGUGACGGAAAUCGUCUUCGGCAAGGCGUACCAUAUCUUCGACCGGCCUACCUACCAGCCCUGGUUCAAGAGCCUCAUGGGUUGGAUCCGGUCGACCGCCGUCAUCACCGCGACCACCGACUACCCUCUGGGCAAGCUGGCGGCCUGGCUCUUGACCCCGCGCAGCGUCCUCAAGCAGCGCAACGUCUACCUGAAGUAUGUGAACGGGGAGAUCGAGGAACGCAUCGGCGAGUCGAACGCGGGGCGGAAGGACGUCGUGCAGCUCAUGUUCGAGACGACGGAUCAACCCAAGCUGGCCGAGUCGGACAUUCGCGCCAACCUGCCGUUCAUGGUGAUUGCCGCCAGUGAGACCACGACGACCCUGAUGAGUGGCAUGAUCGCCCAUCUUCUCAACUCCCCGGACGCCCUGUCGCAGCUUACGGCGGAGGUCCGCGGCCGGUUUCGCUCCCCCAGCGACAUCACCAUCGCCACCGUCAACAACCUGCCCUUCUUGAAUGCCUGCGUCAACGAGGCCCUGCGCGUCUACCCCGCCGCGCCCACUCAGUUACCCCGCGUCGUGCCGGGCGAGGGCGCAACGGUCUGUAACCGCUGGGUGCCGGGGGGCACCAAGGUCUACGUCGCCCCGUACGCCACCUUCCGCUCCGCCGAGAACUUCUACCAGCCCGAUGCUUUCCUUCCGCAACGCUGGCUCCCCGAGAACGGAGAGUCCUUUGAUGUCGAUAAGAAAAACGCCUGGCGACCCUUUGGGCUGGGCGCGCACGAAUGUCCCGGUCAAGUGAUCACCAACCUCAUUACACGGCUUAUCAUGUGCAAACUGCUCCUCAGCUUCGAUCUGGAGCUGUGUGCGGACAGCCAAGACUGGCUGUCUCGCCAGCCAGUGUGGAUUGUAUGGGACAAGCCCGAGCUGCUGAUCAAAGCCCGGCCCGCCGCCGCGUGAAGGCGGGAGCUUUAGGGCUCCUGUGUGCACAGCACCCAAAGGCACCCGCCCGUAUAAGACAACACGCGGACGGGGACAACGCCAGUGCUGGAGGCCGAGGUACUAGACUUCAGAUAACUUCAAAUAGAAUCUACUUACUCAUAUCGUGCCUCGCAGAGAGUAUACUGACCACAUCACGUCACGG